AUGGACCAAUCAACUCCACCUUCUUCUUCAAAAUCUAAAGAAGAACAUGUUUUGCCACCUAGUAAGAAACGUUUUACUCCUGAGCCAAUGAGGCAUUUACCAAAAGCAGACUUUAGUAAACCAAAAAAUGUUGGAAGGCAAACGGGAAACACUGCUGUACUCACUGACACUCCCAAGAAGAUGCUAAUAGAACAACGUCUUGCUGAUAAAAAGACUAAAAGCAAACGUGCGGAGAAGCGAAAACCUAAAUAUAGUGAAUCCUCAUCAUUGUGCUUAGUUCGUACAAAACAAGCUAUGAAAACUGGUUACAGUGUCGACAGUGUAGAGAAUGGGCACAUUCUAAAUGUGUAA